AUGGGUGACGACCAGAAUUCUACCAAAAAGAUCUUGCAACCUCAUUUAUCUAAGCAGGAUGUAGACACACUUAAUGUGAAGACAUUAACACCUCUUUUACAUGAGGUUAUCAGUCGACAAGCAACUAUAAAUAUUGGUACCAUUGGUCAUGUAGCCCAUGGAAAAUCAACAGCUGUAAAGGCUAUAUCAGGUGUUCAGACUGUUCGUUUCAAAAAUGAACUUGAAAGAAAUAUUACUAUCAAACUUGGAUAUGCUAAUGCUAAGAUCUACAAAUGUGAUUCUGAAGCCUGUCCACGUCCUGGUAAUUACCGAUCUUGUGGUAGUGCCAAAGAAGAUGUAUUUCCUUGUGACCGUGCAGGAUGCACUGGAAAAUUCAGAUUAUUAAGGCAUGUGUCUUUUGUGGAUUGUCCUGGUCACGACAUUCUUAUGGCCACUAUGUUGAACGGUGCCGCUGUCAUGGAUGCCGCUCUCCUCCUGAUUGCUGGCAAUGAACCUUGUCCACAGCCCCAAACCUCAGAACAUUUGGCAGCCAUAGAAAUAAUGAAAUUAAAACACAUAAUUAUAUUGCAAAAUAAAAUAGAUCUGGUCAAGGAAAGUCAGGCAAAAGAGCAAUACGAGCAAAUAUUAGCUUUUGUCAAAGGUACGAUAGCUGAAGGUGCUCCCAUUAUCCCUGUGUCAGCACAGCUGAAAUACAAUAUUGAUGUAGUUUGUGAAUAUAUACAUAAGAAAAUUCCAGUACCUAUCAGGGAUUUUAUAUCAGAACCAAGACUCAUUGUGAUCCGGUCUUUUGAUGUGAACAAGCCAGGCUGUGAAGUGAAUGAAGUCAAAGGUGGUGUGGCUGGUGGCAGUAUCUUAAAAGGAGUUCUGAAGGUUGGGCAGGAAAUAGAAGUACGACCUGGAAUUGUAAGUAAAGAGGAAGAUGGACAAUUGUCUUGUAAACCAAUCCUAUCUAGGAUCCUAUCUCUCUUUGCUGAACAGAACGAUUUACAAUAUGCUGUCCCUGGAGGAUUGAUUGGUGUUGGUACAAAGAUGGACCCUACGUUAUGCCGUGCUGACCGAAUGGUUGGUCAUGUACUGGGAGCUGUUAAGAUCCUCCCAGAAAUUUACACAGAAUUGGAAAUUUCCUAUUUCUUGUUGAGAAGAUUGUUAGGAGUGAAGACAGAAGGAGACAAAAAGGGAGCCAAAGUACAGAAACUUGCCAAGAAUGAGACAUUGAUGGUCAACAUUGGUUCCUUGUCCACUGGUGGCCGUGUUCUGGCAGUGAAGGCUGAUUUGGCCAAAAUUGUAUUGACUUCUCCAGUUUGCACUGAAAUUGGUGAGAAGAUUGCACUCAGCCGAAGAGUUGAGAAACAUUGGCGGUUGAUUGGGUGGGGUCAGAUUCGUCGUGGUCUGACUGUUAAACCUUUGGGUCCUGAUGAAUAA